AUUGUUUUCCCAGAACAAACUGCAGUGCUUUCGCUUACAAAAGACGAGCUAUAAAAUAUAAAGUGGGAAUCAUUCCGAGCGCAUUUACAAUUUUACAACAUGAGCACCGACGAUUUAUUAACAAAAUUCGAUGAAAUGGUGAAACGCUUUAGAGAAGAGUUCAAUGAAAUUAUCGAAGGGGAACGUGCCAAAAUGAAGGCGGAAGUAGAAGCGUAUAACGCGGAGAAGCAGAAAAUGAAACCGUUCGAAGUUAGCGACGAUGAUAUAAUAGAUCUGAACGUCGGAGGACAGAAAUUGACCACCAACAGAUCUACUCUGUGUCAGGUAGAAGGUUCGUUGCUUGCCUCCAUGUUCAGUGGACGCUGGGAGGAUCUCAAACGUGAUAAAGAUGGCGCCAUCUUCUUCGACUUCAACCCACAGUAUUUCGUGAUAAUUCUGGAUUAUCUUCGCGCGAAGAAAAAUGCGACUCCAGAGAAUCCCGUACUUGUGCCGAAAGUCCCUGAAGAGCAAGCAAAACAGUUCAAUGAUCUUGUUCAGAAUCUCGGUUUGACCGAAGAGUUCGUCUCCAAGGCUGAAAUUUCGCCAGGCGAGAAAUUCAAUUUACACAGUGCUGAAGUCGCUGUUCAGGAAGGCGGAAAAGUGGCCUGUAAAAAUGUUUCAUCCGACGUUCAUGGCUAUGUUCUCGGAGAAAAUGUCUACCAAGAUGGGAUUGUGAAUCUCAAAUUAAAACUGGAAUCUGUGAAAAACAACAAGUGGAUGUUCGUUGGUAUUAUAAAAGAUGAUGCUAUUCAAGUAUCUCCAGCGAAUAACGCUUCGUGUGGAUGGUUCGGUUCCCAUGGAUGGGUACUGGGAUCUGAUGGUGGUCGCGUGUGGCAAAAUACGUUAUGUAAGAUAAACAGUACUUUAAAGAAUCUUUCUAAACAAGGUGAUACGGUUGAGUUAGUCUUAGACUGUGAUGCAGGCAUGCUCUCACUACAUUUGCCCACUGGUCAACAAUUUCAGCUAGAAAUACCCAAGUGUAAAACCUGGAGACUGAAUGUAACUUUGCUAAAUGCAACGGACAAAAUCCGCAUUGUGGACGGUUAACGGCCGACGAACUGACUAUUCAAUGAAAUCAACUAUACUCUAAUAGUUCUAUAAUAAUUAAAACUAAGUAAAAGUAGCACAUAUAUUGACAAAAUACUUCCGAUAUGGAUUCGUACACUUAUAUAAAAUAACAUGGACGUUAAACUUUGUAUGCUAGUGUCAGUUAUAUGAUCAUGUAUAGCCUACGGUGUAGACCCCAGCAGAAACACGUCUACACCGGCCGUAGGCUAUUAUAUGUAGGGAAGGGAGGGGCUCUGGGGCAGAAGUGAAUUAGUGCCAUCAAUAUGAGGGGGACCUCCUUGACGUAUGGUAUAACCUCGCCUUUUAUCUACGACUAAAAAUCCUUCAUUCAGUUUGUAAAUAGUACUUUUGAUUAGUUUUACAAUGUAAUAAAA